AUGUAUGCAACAGUGCUUGCCGGGGUGCAGGGUUUGCUUCAACCAGACACCGACUGGGUUUACACCAAGAAGCGUGAGGCCCAGGAGAUCAUCCCGGGUCUCUGGCUUGGCCCUUUCGGGGCAGCCCGGGACCAGGAGUUUCUGAAACGGGUGCACAUCACAGAUGCCCUGGUGGUCCGAGCGCCGGAAGAAGCCAGAAUCAUUUGUCCAAAGUACCCCGACUUCAUCCACUAUGAGGUGCUGGAAUGCCGUGACAAUCCAUUUGAGAACAUCAUCCGGUUCUUCCCCAAUGUCAAGCAGCUCCUUGACGGAGUUCUAGCACGAGGAGGUCGGAUAUUAGUACAUGGCAAUGCCGGUAUGUCACGCUCUGCCGCACUGGUCGUUGCGUAUGUGAUGGAAAAAUUCAACCUUCCGUCCGACCAAGCGCAUACUUACGUUCUAACCCGACGGCACUGCAUCUCAAUCAAUGAAGGCUUUCGGAAUCAGAUCCGGGAGUACGAGAUGCUGCACAGAGUGCAACUGCAGGUGAAUAGCGGCCUGCUACCAGCCUUUGGCCAAUCAGCUGGCGCACAUGGGCAGAAGAGGGGCUUGGAGAUGAUGGACACCUCUGAGUGUACAGAGAAUCCCAUGCAGUAG